CGGCUCUCUAGAAAGAGCUCUACAGAGCGCUCCCUCUCUCUCUCUCUCUCUCUCUCUCUCUCUCUCUCUCUGUGCAGAGCACCGCAACCCAAAAGAUGUUCACUGAGGGCCUAGACCAAAGCGCAAUCAGCUGGGUCAAGCAGGGCUCAGAGGUUGAGCAGCACAGCGCUCGAUCGCCGUUAACAGAGAAAUUCGAUCAUGAAUUCAUUGUACCCAGAUCGCCUUUGUCUUUCGCUACUGGAAAUUAUACUUCUUCCCACCUUUUGCCUCCCCUGAAGUUCCAUUCCAGUCUGCUCGGGAAGCAUAACACUGUGAAUCUGGAACUGGAUAGCAACGAUGAAGAUGACGGUGAUGAUGUUGAUGAGAGUGUGGCCUCGGCUCCCGAUGAGUGGGCCGGGAAUUUCUCUGAGGAAGAAGGUCCUGGAUGUAAUGACAUUGAGUCUCUGGAUGAGAAAGAAGUGUUUGAUCCAAUAUUGAACACAAUCUUCAACCAAAGUACAGUUUCCAGAUUGGAGGCCAGAGGAGGGUCUCCUUUAAACAAAGGUUUGUUGAUGGGGGACCUCCGGAUUGAUGUUCCUGAAAAUCACAGAAGAUUCACAGAUGGCGGGUUCGGUUUUAGUGGCGGUGCACGUCAGAGUACAGUGGCAGGUGGAAGCUGCCGGCUCCGAGAGAGAGUUCAGCUACACAAUUCAUAUGCCACUCCCACUGGCAUGAGGAAUGAUGGUGCUGACUUGGGAACUCCUAGUGCACCCCCAAUUAUCGAUACUGGAAUUGAAGGAAACUCUGAAGCUGAAACUGAACCAAGAGAAGAUUCUGGAGCUCUGACAGAUACAGAUAGAAGUAUUGACGGGAAGCGCACAUCUAAAGAAUCGACAGAUCAUUUUAAUGUUAAAAUAGAUGCCUCUUCCAAUUGGCAAGUAGACUCUCCAAAGGAUGAACGUGUUCAAAGGGAAAGCGAAGCAGUAGCUGGAGAAAUGGAAGCACCAGUCUCUUAUUGGCAAACCAACUCACUGGAUAAUUUUCCCUAUUAUAACACCAGUGGUCAAAAUGCAUGGCAAACUCUAAUUGCAUAUGAUGCAUGCAUUCGUCUUUGCCUAAAUGCCUGGGCAAGAGGCUGUACAGAGGCUCCUGAGUUCCUUCGUGAUGAGUGUCUGGUUCUCCGAAGUGCCUUUGGGCUACAUAAACUGUUAUUACAACCCCGAGGUGUCCGAUCAAUGGGAAUGAACGAUACAAAUAAAGAACAAGCAUUCCCUCUCAAAGUAAAGAAAAUAAUUGGAAAGAUUAGAGUGGAAGUGAGAAAGCUGCGCAUAAUACCAAGGCGGAAACUUAAGAGCACUUUCUCACAACGAAGUGCAAUCUAUAUGCAAGUGGGAGCACAUUAUGUCCGACAUGUUUCAUCACUUGUGAAAACCAGCAUGAAUUCUCUUAGAAUUGCUUCAUUUUCAGCGACUUCUGAAGAGCGACUGUCAUGCCUAUUUUACCUGAAGAGUUCUACAGAAGAUACUCAAGCUGAACCAGGUUCAGCCAUAUGUUUACGACCUGGAACUGGUGAUUACCAUGAAUUUUUCCCAGAGAACCAAGGUGAUGCACUUUUACUAGAAGUUCACGAUUCCAAGAAAGCUGUCCAAGGUCGAGUUACGAUUCCAGUUGCAUCCCUGACUGACAAUCCUAGUGAUAGAAUUAGGUGGUGGCCGAUUUACCACGAUGAUCAUGAAUGCGUUGGAAAAAUCCAGCUCUCCAUCAGUUGUACAAUUACAUGCGAUGAGACUGCCCAGGCCGUCAAGAGUGGACCUAUUGUGGAAACUCUGGCAUAUGAUCUGCUGCUGGAGGCUGCCAUGCGUGCCCAACACUUUCAUGCACGAAACUUAAGGAUAGAUGGACCGUGGAAAUGGCUACUGAACGAAUUUGCUGACUACUAUGGAGUUUCUGAUUCAUACACAAAGCUGAGAUAUCUCUCAUACGUCAUGAAUGUGGCAACUCCCACAAAAGAUUGCUUAGAGCUUCUGUAUGAGUUGCUUGUGCCUGUUAUAAAGGCCAGGACUGAGAAAAACUUAACCAGACAAGAGAAAAGUGUAUUGCUGGACUGUGAGACCAAAGUCGAGAGUCUCUUGGAAACUGUCUUUGAGAACUACAAGUCAUUAGAUGAAAAAUCACCUACAGGUUUGGCUAACAUAUUUGAUUCAAUACCAGAGGUUGCUGCACCAGCUUUAGUGCCUGCUGUGCAAGUAUACACUCUUCUUCAUGAUAUACUUGCUCAGGAUGCACAGGCAAUGUUGAGAAACUAUUUGCAGACAGCAGCAGCAAAGAGGUGCCGCAAGCACAUGGUGGAGACUGAUGAGUUUGUGUCAAGCAACUCAGAGGGUUUUAUUCUGGACUCCAUUACAAUCUCCACAGCAUAUCUAAAGAUGAAGAACCUUUGUGCAAACAUAGGCAACGAGAUUCAGGCAGAUAUUAAGAUCCACAAUCAGCAUAUACUCCCUAGUUCAAUUGACCUGUCAAGCAUCACAGCUGCAGUGUACAGCACCGAGUUGUGCAAGCGUCUUAGAGAUUUUCUUUCUGCAUGGCCUCCACCUGGUCCCCUGUCACACGUAAAUGAACUCUUGAUAGCAACUGCUGAUUUUGAAAGGAAUCUCGAGUCUUGGAACUGCAGUCCAAUGCAAGGUGGUGUAGACUCCAGAAAUUUGUACCAUAAUUAUAUUAUGGUUUGGGUACAGGAUAUGCAACUCAACUUGCUUGAGCUUUGCAAGGCAGAGAAGGUUCCAUGGUCUGGAGUGCUUACAAACCAUUGUACCUCACCAUUUGCUGAGGAAAUGUAUGAUAAACUCAAGGAAAUGCUUAUUGAGUACGAAGUUGUGAUGAAUCGAUGGCCUCAAUAUUCAUUGGUUCUGGAGACUGCCAUCGCAAAUGUGGAAAGAGCAAUCAUAAAAGCGUUGGAAAAGCAGUAUAGUGAUAUCUUGACUCCUCUGAAAGAUAGCAUUCCCAAAAGGCUUGGGAUGCAGGUUCAGAAAUUGACAGGAAGACAAUCAAAUGCUCUUUACUCUGUUCCAAGCCAAUUGGGAACUUUCUUGAACACCAUCAAGAGAAUUCUUGAUGUUCUACACUGCAAGGUUGAGGACAUCUUGAAGUCUUGGGCAUCCUAUCUACCUGUUGUUGGAGACAAGAAGUUGCAUUUUGGGGAGCAGAUGAAUGGCAUAACGGUAUUACUGAGAACCAAGUACAAAAACUAUAUGCAGGCAACAGUAGUCAAGCUGGUCCACAAUAUGCAAGCUAACCGCAACACACAGCUAAAGAGGAUUCUAGAAGAAACAAAGGAAGCUGAUGGAGAGGCUGAGGUCCGUGAAAGAAUGCAGGGUCUAAGUUUACAACUCAUCGACUCCAUAGCCAACCUGCACGAGGUCUUUACAAGCCGGAUAUUUGUUGCAACUUGUCGUGGAUUCUGGGACCGAAUGGGACAGAUCGUGUUGAAAUUUCUGGAGGGGAGGAAAGAGAAUCGAGUCUGGUACAGUGGCUCUUAUUAUGCUCUUGGGAUUCUGGAUGACACUUUUGCCUCACAAAUGCAGCGACUGCAAGGGAAUGCUCUCCAGGAGAAAGAUCUGGAGCCCCCUCGCUCAAUCAUCGAAGCUCGAUCCAUUCUCUGCAGAGAUACAACAAAUGCAACUGAUACAUCCACAUAUUUAUACUUCUAGAGAGCCCCUAUCUGUUGCAGUGGUAGUUAAUCUUGUGUUAAGUUGUGCUGAAUAAAACUUGAUGAGAAGAUAGCUCUGAUUCUGUGUUAUAAAAGUGUAUUAUUCAUUUGUAUGUAAUAAGAUGGUCAUUCAUUUAUUCAUUCUUCAAUCUCAAUCAAGGCUGUGAAAGGUUCCAACAAUUUGUGAAUGUAGCUAACUCAAUGACUUGCCAAGCUAG